ACAAAUAUUAAUUAUAUAUAUAUACUAAAAUUAAAGAUAAAAUAUUCAACAACGAUCAAGAUGAACAUACGCUGUGCUAAGCCCGAGGAUCUAAUGACAAUGCAGCAUUGCAAUUUGCUUUGUUUGCCGGAGAAUUAUCAAAUGAAAUAUUAUUUCUACCACGGAUUGACUUGGCCUCAGCUCAGCUAUGUGGCCGAGGAUGACAAGGGCGGCAUCGUUGGCUAUGUGCUGGCCAAAAUGGAGGAGCCUGAGCCCGGCGAGGAAAGCAAACAUGGACACAUCACCUCGCUGGCAGUGAAGCGUUCCUAUCGACGUCUCGGGCUCGCCCAGAAGCUGAUGAAUCAGGCCUCCCAGGCGAUGGUCGAGUGCUUCAAUGCCCAAUAUGUCUCGCUCCAUGUGCGCAAGAGCAAUCGUGCCGCCCUCAAUCUCUAUACGAACGCCCUCAAGUUCAAGAUUAUCGAGGUGGAGCCGAAGUACUAUGCCGAUGGCGAGGAUGCCUACGCCAUGCGUCGCGAUCUCCGCGAAUUCGCCGACGAUGACAAACCCAAGACGACACCGACCGGCAAGGAGGCUGGCGAGGAUCAGCCCACCAAUGAUAAUUCUAAACACCACACGCACAGAUCCGGACACAAUCACAGCGGACACGAUGGUCAUUGCUGCUAACAAGGAACAAGAACCAUAAACAAAAAACAUUUAAAUACAAAAAUUGAGAAAAAAGAAAUGC